CCAUUAAUUGAUAGUAAAAUAAUACUUCAAGGUUGAUGUUCCCAAGAUCGAGAUUACAAUCAGAAUACAAUAUCAGAACGCAAUAAAAUAAAAUAUAUCACAACGUAAACAAUAGAAUGCGCCCCUGCGUGCAUUUCCUAAGAAGUCUUCUUGCAAUAUGAUAUUCUUUUCCUUUAUGAAAAGCACCUAUUAUAGUUUAUACAUUAUUAAAUCGAUUGCUUGACGGUACACGCUAUAGUAAUUUACACUGCACGUACCCCUUUCUAUAUGAUUGCAUGAUUGCAUGUAAUAGUCUGUAGCAAAUUGCUACAGAAUUGGAGAAAUUCACGCUCUAAAUUAUACUAGAAAAAAAAUUGAGACAGAAUAUUUAUUCAAUCAAUAAAGGAAGAGGGAAUAAGAUGCGCCUCUUUCUUGUUUACGAUCGCAUAUAUUCUAAACGUAACGUAACGACAUGAUUUGUCUCGAAGCACAAUACUUUAAUGUCAAUAGAAUUCUUUUACAAGGAACUGCAUUAUGGCCGUUUCAACAAUCGAAAUUUGCUCAGUUUCAAUUUAAUAUAAUGUUUAUUAUUUUAGUAACUGCUACUGUCUGUCAGAUAACAACAUUUGUAACUUCAGAAAUAACACUCAAAUUUGUUUUUAAAGUGUUACCAUGUAUACUUUUCUUCAUUAUGUUGGUGAUACAUUACAGUUCAUUUCGAAUUAACAUGAAAACCCUAAAGGAUUUGAUGAGGCAACUUCACCGUGCAUGUACUAAAUUAGAAGAUAAAAACGAAAUUGCUAUCAUAAAUAAAUAUGGGUGGAACGCACACCGUUAUACAAUCGUACUUAUUAUAUCCUUCCUUAGCGGAGCAUUCAUUUUCAUUGCCAGUCAAAUUGCAAUAGCUUUCUUUGACAUCAGUUCACCCACAAACGGAUCCUAUAAGCAUCGAAUAUUAUAUAUACACAUAGCGACCGAAUAUUUUAUUGAUGAACAAAAAUAUUUCUAUUUAAUUGUGUUUCACAUGUAUACAGCCCUCUUCAUCGGAACAUUUUCGGCAAUAGCAAUAGAAACAUUGAUGAUUGCGUAUUUGCAGCAUACAAGCGGAAUGUUCAGAAUUGCCUGUUACCGUAUCGAACACGCAAUGAAGAUUAAUAUACUAGAAAAUAUUAGUUUAAGCACUGCAUCUUCGAUAUCAAAGAAAAUAGUUUAUGCUAUAAAUAUUCAUCGGGAAGCCAUGAAAUUGUCCGAGCUCUUAAUAUCAAGUUUUGACAAAACAUACUUCUGCUUAACAGUACUCUCAGUGAUUACAUUAAGUCUCAAUCUUUUUCAGAUUUUCCAGAUUGUAACAUCUGAAGAUGAUGCCAUGGGAGUUUCAAUCCCUGUGUUAAUUGUAGUCAUUCUUAUUGUGUAUAUGUUUUCAGCCAAUUUCUUUGGGCAGGAUAUAAUGGAUCAGAAUAAUGAAAUAUAUAUUGCCGCAUACAAUAUUCAGUGGUACAAGUGUCCUCAACGAAUCCAAAAAUUGAUACUAUUGCUUUUGCAAAGGAGAGCUAAAGAAUUUCAUUUAACUUGCGGUGGAUUGUUCGUAGCAUCGUUCGAGUUUCUCGCAACGGUAAAAAUUAGCAUAAUAUAUUAUAUAUUACAUAUAUUAAAUAUGUUAAAUACAUUCUUAAUUAGGUCGGUGGAUAAGUUCUUGCUGAUUACGUAAUUUUUCUUUAUUGGAAUAAAUGAAAUAAUCGAUACAACAUAAAUCGAAGUAUUUUCUAUCAUUUUCUACGACUUUUUCCAUCUUUCCGGCAAUACGAAUAUUACAUCGUAAGAAGUCAUCUUUUCCAAUCCAGGCAAUCCAUUCAUUGGCCACAUUAGCAAGAAUUUAUGCACCGACCUAAUAUUUAAUAUUUAAAAUACUAUUAUAGAAUUAUCAAUAAAAGACAAAUAUGAAAUAUUGCAGUUAGCAAAAGCAACAAUGUCUUAUUUUACUCUGAUACAUUCCGCACGAUAAUAAGAUAAAAAUAAAUUACAAAAGAUAAGAAUAUAUUAUAAAAAAAUAUAGUAA